CACGAUGUACAGCAUUAGUGCGUGCAGAGCAUGCAGAAGAGCCGGCCGACUCGUUCGUAAAAAGAACGACUUGAAUUUACUCAAAGGUUAAAUUCCAAACGGCUCUGAAAGUCAGCAGAGCUGGGCGCCAGAGGCUUGCGCUACGGCAAGGGAGCGAUGCUGAUCUCAGGAAGAAUGAAGGGACCUUCCUAGCCUUGGCUGAACAGCGAAGCUCACCCUGGACAAUGUCACUUGGAAGAGAAGGAGGACUGUGAGGCCGUGGCUGGGAGCCAGGUUUUAGCUACUUGUGUGCCACCAUCCAGCCCAGAGGCAGCAGCUGGCUACAGAUCAGAGUGAGGGUAUGAGUAUAGCAGUGAGCACCUCGGUCCCUGUGCCCCCAACCUCAGACACAAGCAUGGUCACCACCUUCUCCCUCAUCGACUACGUGGUGUUCAUCCUGCUGCUGGUUCUCUCCCUUGCCAUCGGGCUGUACCAUGCCUGUCGGGGCUGGGGCCAGCAUACCAUCGGCCAGCUGCUGAUGGCGGACCGCAAAAUGGGCUGCCUUCCCGUGGCGCUGUCCCUGCUAGCCACCUUCCAGUCAGCCGUGGCCAUCCUGGGCGUGCCGUCUGAGAUCUACCGAUUCGGGACCCAGUAUUGGUUCCUGGGCUGCUCUUAUUUCCUGGGACUGCUGAUCCCUGCACACGUCUUCAUCCCUGUCUUCUACCGCCUGCAUCUCACCAGUGCCUACGAGUACCUGGAGCUGCGGUUCAAUAAAGCUGUGCGAGUCUGCGGGACCGUGACCUUCAUCUUUCAGAUGGUGAUCUACAUGGGGGUCGUGCUCUAUGCUCCAUCGCUGGCCCUCAAUGCAGUGACUGGCUUUGACCUGUGGCUGUCGGUGCUGACCUUAGGCAUCAUCUGCACUAUCUACACUGCUCUGGGUGGGCUGAAGGCUGUCAUCUGGACAGAUGUGUUCCAGACGCUGGUCAUGUUCCUAGGGCAGCUGGCCGUUAUCAUCGUGGGGUCGGCCAAGGUGGGCGGCUUGGGGCGUGUGUGGGAUGUGGCUUCCCAGCAUGGCCGCAUCUCGGGGAUCGAGCUGGAUCCAGACCCCUUCGUGCGACACACCUUCUGGACCUUGGCCUUUGGGGGUGUCUUCAUGAUGCUCUCCUUGUAUGGAGUGAACCAGGCUCAGGUGCAGCGCUACCUCAGUUCCCGCACAGAGAAGGCUGCUGUGCUCUCCUGUUACGCAGUGUUCCCCUGCCAGCAGGUGGUCCUCUGCAUGGGCUGCCUCAUUGGCCUGGUCAUGUUCGCCUACUACCAGGAGUAUCCCAUGAGCUCCCAGCAGUCUCAGGCAGCCCCUGACCAGUUUGUCCUGUACUUCGUGAUGGACCUGCUGAGAGGCCUGCCGGGCCUUCCCGGGCUCUUCGUGGCCUGCCUCUUCAGUGGCUCCCUCAGCACCAUAUCCUCUGCUUUCAACUCACUGGCCACUGUUACAAUGGAGGACCUGAUUCGACCCUGGCUCCCAGACUUCUCUGAAGCCCAGGCCAUCAUGCUUUCCAGAACCCUCGCCUUUGGCUAUGGGCUGCUUUGUCUGGGAAUGGCCUAUAUUUCCUCCCAGAUGGGACCUGUGCUGCAGGCGGCAAUCAGCAUCUUUGGCAUGGUCGGGGGGCCGCUGCUCGGACUCUUCUGCCUUGGGAUGUUCUUUCCGUGUGCCAACCCUCCCGGUGCCAUCGUGGGCCUAUUGGCUGGACUCAUCAUGGCCUUCUGGAUUGGCAUCGGAAGCAUAGUGACCAACAUGGGGUUCAGCAUGGCGCCCUCUCCCCCUAAUGGGUCCAGCUUCUCCCUGCCCAGCAACCUGACCAUCACCUCUGUGACCACACUGAUGCCCGUCACCACCCUUUCCAAGCCCUCAGGGCUGCAGCGGCUCUACUCCCUGUCUUAUUUAUGGUACAGCGCUCACAACUCCACCACAGUCAUCGUGGUGGGCCUGGCUGUCAGUCUGCUCACAGGGGGAAUGCGGGGCCGGGCCCUGAACCCUCGGACCAUUUACCCAGUGCUGCCGAGACUCCUGGCCCUGCUGCCUUGGUCUUGCCAGAAGCGGCUUCGGUGCAGGGGCUGCUUCGGUGCAGAGGAACAGUCACCAGCUCUACUGCCUUUGUGUGUUCCCCAGGACCUCUCCGUGGACACCAACCUCUUCACAGAGAAGAUGGGGAAUGGGGUCCUGGGGGACAGCAGAGACAAAGAAGUGAUGGCCCAGGAUGGCUGCGCCCACCAGGGCAUCGGCCCCACCUUUGUCCUCCAGGAGACCUCCCUGUGACAUGACUCAGGAGCCAGCCUGUGCCCUCAGUCUACCAGCAGUAGCUAGAGGUCACCUUAUACUGGGAUGGGUCUGGAUCACCUACCCCACGCCGAAGGCCCUUGUUCUCAGGCCGUCUCCCCAGUUCUAGAAGCUGUCACUUCUUGGUUGCGUGAGGGUAGGGCAGGUUUCUCCUCUCCCUCAGCAGUCUGUUCUCUAGAGGGCCAGGCUUGCUGGGGGCAGGACUGCACCAGAACCAAGGAUAGAAGUGGAUCCUCUGGGGACAGGGUGAUGCUUCCGAUUCAACAGUCAGGGCCCUUUGAAGUGACUGAGGAACAGCCCUUGUGGUUUUAACUGCCCUAGGGCCCAGUUUGGCAAGACUGACUGUCCACCAUGACAUUCAGAGCCACCGGUUCCCUUGCAGUGUCAUCUCGGCCCUGAUUUUUUCAGUCACAGUGGGCCCCUGUGCUUAGUUUCUGGUUGUCUGUGACACCCAAGCCUCCUCAUUCUACCUCCAUUGUUGAGAGGGAAGUUUCGGGGUCCCUGGGCCUCUGGCUAUGGACAGAUCCAUUUCACCACCUCUUCAGUGCAGAGAAGCGUUGCCUCUCACUGCCCCUGCUCUCUGUCUCUCAGGUGGUGGGACAGGGCAGAUGUGUAUCCCCAAACCAGGGCCAUGACCGGCUCCACUGUGGAGUGUCCACCCCUCUGAGUCCUGAAUCACCUCCCUGUCAUCUGUGUUGUUUUCUUUUUGGAGUGUCUUUAUGAAUCUUUGUUCCUAAGGAAUAAAAACUGCUGUUGGACCUCG